UCUAUUCUUAAACUUUGUAGAUAUCUUUAUGUACCAGAGUCAUGGGAUACAAAACUUACAAUCGUGAGCUUGAUAUCUUAACACUGGGAUAUCUUUACGAUGUUCUCAACUGGGAUCUUGAAGAUCCCAAGUCCUGUGAUCUCAACAAAAGGAUAUCAGAGAUCCUAAAUCAGAAAGCAAUAUCUGACCCAAGAAACGUUUCCAUUGGUCCACGCCACUACGGCAAACCUCAGUUGUAUCCUAUGCAAGCGGACAAAUUGAGAGCCCUACGUCACUUUGUUAAGAGAGGACGUUCAUCUAUCGAUUCCUAUACUCAAGCGCUCCUGAAAUGUGUAACUCCGAUUCGGGAUUCUUAUGAGCAGCUUGACGAAAUUUGGCAGGAUAACGAUCGCUUUGUUAUCCUCAUGCUGCUCGAUGGAGUUUUCCUUUUGGAGUUCUUAUCUGUUACUAGAGGUAAUCAAAAAUAUUCUGAUUACAAUGCAUCUGAUCCAAUUUUCGGGCACCAGGGACAUAUGUUGAUAUACGAGGUUAUAAUGCAAGACUUGUUAAUGCUUACAAACCAACUGCCUUAUCUGGUACUCUCGACGCUGCUAUCUGUCUCCGAAGGUCUACCUGAAAAGAGCAUACAAAGCAUCCUGUCGUGGAUGAUGUUUGCCCCGAAAAUAGACCCAGGCCUCCACUUAUUGGACAUGUAUUUAAAGGGAUUAUUGGCUGGAGGCCAACGUUCCCAUGAGGAGGAUCAGCUGCAGCAGCAGGAAGAUAAAAAUGAAAAGAUAUCCUUUUCCAACCUUCAUUCCAAGUGUGGUGUCAAAUGCGUAAGGGUUCAAAGCUUCGACAAGAUCAGUUUCAAUAGAAAAACUGGAACCCUUGAACUUCUUACCGUGCACAUCAACAAACAAAGCAUACCAGAAUUCGUCAAUUUGAUAUUAUAUGAACGCCAAGAGGGUACAGGCAUGAAUUUAAAAACUCAUAUUUUUACUUGCUUGGCUUACUUAUCCAGACGCCGAAAGAUGUUAACCAACUCCGCUCCCAAGGAAUCAUAGUUAAUUCGUUGAGCAGUGACGAGGCUGUCAUGGAACAGAUGAAGGAAAUCUCCAAGGAAACAGUGCAAGGAGAUAGGACGUGCUUGAGUAAUCUGGUUCUGAUCGAGUUAAAGGAGUAUUAUAAAAGAAGUGCCACCAAAAGGUCUCACAAACUAUUCUUACACUUCACGUCUCAACACUUCAAAAAUAUGCCGUUUCUCAUCAAGUAUAAACCGUAUUGAUAAAUUGUUUGUGAAAACCACUUUACUUUUUUUUGUUAAUAGCUAUUUAGUUUUUUCUUUUUUAAACGGUUUAAACCUAUUUUCCGACCUGAUAAAAAAAGAAAUGCUUUCUUUCGGUGGGUUUGCAGAGGUGACAGCUGUAGGAAUGGUUGCUGGUCUUAUUUGGUGCAUGGAUUAGGAGUAUUUGUUUGCCAGUGUGUUUGUUUCCAUCUCGGUUUAUUGGUUUCUUCGUAUGUUCAAAAGUAUCGACUAAUGGGAAAUAUGUAAAUCCCGUACACACAAGUCGUGUGACGAUCUUGUAUUUAUACAAGGGAAACUUUGGGAUAUGUCCCAAAAUCGACUGUCAUUUUAGGGAUAUGCCCCAGGAUUCCAGUUUCU